AUAAGUGAAUAGUGAAAAAGAGAAGAACACACAACAAAUUCCUUUUACAAAUGGCAACACUGAGAGUUUCUUCAGCAUUGGCUUCUUCUUCAUCAUCUUUUCCUCAUUACCCUUCAGUUUUUACUAAAUGUCGAUCUAGUCCCAGCUGGGGUUUUUCAAUUGCAGUUGCACCCUUGUGUUCAAGAAGAAGUAAAAGAAUUGCUCAUUGUAUUGCUCGUGAUACUCUUGGUCUCACUCAGCCUAAUGAAAGUGAUGUCCCUAAGAUUUCAAUUGGUGCUAAAGAGAUUAAUUUGGUGGAAUGGAAAGGAGACAUACUUGCAAUAGGGGCGACGGAGAAGGACUCGAUUAGAGACGAGAAUUCUAAGUUCAAGAAUCCACUAUUGCAAAAGCUCGAUUCCGAAUUGAAUGGUUUAUUGUCUGAAGCUUCAUCUGAGGAGGAUUUUAGUGGAAAGUCUGGACAAUCCGUAAUUUUGAGGCUUCCUGGUGGUCUUCGCUCGAAACGAAUUGCUCUAGUUGGUCUUGGUUCAUCAACAUCAUCAGCACCUUCUGUUUAUCACAGUUUAGGGGAGGCUGCUGCUGCAGCUGCCAAGUCUGCUCAGGCAAGUAAUAUUGCCGUUGCACUUGCUUCUACGGAUGAGCUCUCUGUAGAAUCGAAACUUAGCUCUGCCUCUGCCAUAGCAACUGGAGUUUUACUGGGGAUAUUUGAAGAUAAUAGGUUUAGGUCUGAGUCGAAGAAACCAACGUUGGAAUCCUUGGAUAUUCUUGGAUUGGGAACUGGACCUGAGAUAGAGAAUAAAAUCAAGUAUGCAGAACAUGUAUCUGCAGGUAUUAUACUCGGCAGAGAGCUCGUCAAUGCACCCGCCAAUGUACUUACGCCUGCGGUACUUGCUGAAGAGGCUAAAAAGAUUGCGUCCACUUAUAGCGAUGUUAUUUCUGUAAACAUCUUGGAUGCUGAGCAGUGCAAAGAACUGAAAAUGGGAGCUUAUUUAUCUGUUGCUGCAGCAGCUACUGAAAAUCCUCCUUAUUUCAUCCAUUUAUGUGUUAAAACUCCUUCUAAAGAAAGAAAAACAAAGAUAGCCUUGGUUGGAAAGGGAUUAACUUUUGACAGUGGUGGCUACAACAUCAAGACCGGAGCUCGUUCUUUGAUUGAGCUUAUGAAGUAUGACAUGGCAGGAGCUGCAGCUGUUUUAGGUGCAGCAAAAGCUCUUGGUGAAAUAAGGCCUAUUGGAGUAGAGGUGCAUAUCAUUGUUGCAGCUUGUGAAAAUAUGAUCAGUGGAGAAGGCAUGAGGCCUGGAGACAUUGUCACAGCUUCAAAUGGGAAGACAAUUGAGGUUAACAACACUGAUGCUGAGGGUAGGCUCACACUUGCUGAUGCUUUGAUAUAUGCCUGUAACCAAGGUGUAGAAAAGAUAAUUGAUCUGGCAACAUUAACUGGUGCUGUUAAGGUUGCUCUUGGACCUUCAGUUGCUGGUGCUUUUACACCUAGCGAUGACCUAGCAAACGAGGUGCUUGCAGCUGCUGAGGUAAGUGGUGAAAAGCUAUGGAGGAUGCCGAUGGAGGAGAGUUACUGGGAAAGUAUGAAAUCAGGAGUUGCUGAUAUGAUUAACACGGGACCUGGUGAUGGUGGUGCCAUAACUGCUGCUCUCUUCCUCAAGCAGUUUGUUGACGAGAAGGUCCAAUGGUUGCAUAUCGACAUAGCUAGUACCGCCUGGAGCGAUAAAAAGAAAAACGGCACAGGUUAUGGUGUUUCAACUUUGGUGGAAUGGGUGCUGAAGAACUCUUUUUAAAAUUAGAGCCAGUCAAAUUGUUGCAUCAUUUGAUAGCUAAACAUAUGAGGGACUAUUGAUGUUUGAGAAAAGAAAUGCAUCAAGUUUUCAUGAAUAAAGGCAAUAGUAUAGGCUUUCUUGUCUUGUUGAUUAAUAAAAUGCCUAAAUAAAAUUGCCUCUUUACCUUCUGGAAUGAAAUUUAUUAUUUAUGUCUUA